UUGAGGAAAGAGAGAGUAAAGAGCCAGCCAUGAACCCGUUCCAGAAAAAUGAGUCCAAGGAAACACUUUUUUCACCUGUCUCCACCGAUGAGAUGCCUCCCCAACCACCCAGCCUUCCAAAGCCACCUCCGAAAAUUUGUGGCUCCAAUUAUCCACUGAGCAUUGCCUUCAUUGUGGUGAAUGAAUUCUGUGAGCGUUUUUCCUAUUAUGGCAUGAAAGCUGUGCUGACUCUCUACUUCCUGUAUUUCCUGCACUGGAAUGAAGACACCUCCACAUCUGUGUACCAUGCCUUCAGCAGCCUCUGUUAUUUCACUCCUAUCCUGGGAGCAGCCAUAGCUGACUCAUGGUUGGGAAAGUUCAAGACAAUCAUCUACCUCUCCCUGGUGUAUGUACUUGGCCAUGUGAUCAAAUCAUUGGGUGCCUUACCAAUACUGGGGGGAUAUAUGCUACACACAGUCCUGUCAUUGGUUGGCCUGAGUCUAAUAGCUUUGGGGACAGGUGGUAUCAAACCCUGUGUGGCAGCUUUUGGUGGAGACCAGUUUGAAGAAAAACAUGCAGAGGAGCGGACUAGAUACUUCUCAGUCUUCUACCUCUCCAUCAAUGCAGGGAGUUUGAUUUCUACAUUUAUCACACCCAUGCUGAGAGGAGAUGUGAAGUGUUUUGGGGAAGACUGCUAUGCACUAGCUUUUGGAGUUCCAGGAUUGCUUAUGGUGAUAGCUCUUGCGGUGUUUGCAAUGGGAAGCAAAAUAUACAAAAAACCACCUCCUGAAGGAAACAUAGUGAUUCAAGUUGUCAAAUGUAUCUGGUGUGCUAUUUCCAACCGCUACAAGAACCGUUCCAGAGACAUACCAAAACGACAGCACUGGCUAGACUGGGCAGCUGAGAAAUACCCAAAGCAGCUUAUAAUGGAUGUGAAGGCACUGACGAGGGUACUAUUCCUUUAUAUCCCAUUGCCCAUGUUCUGGGCUCUUUUGGAUCAGCAGGGCUCACGAUGGACCUUGCAAGCCACCAAGAUGAAUGGAAAUUUGGGUUUUUUUGUGCUUCAACCUGACCAGAUGCAGGUAAUAAAUCCCUUUCUGGUUCUUAUCUUCAUCCCAUUGUUUGACCUUGUCAUUUACCGUCUGAUCUCCAAAUGUGGCAUUAAAUUCUCAUCACUUAGGAAGAUGGCUGCAGGUAUGAUCCUAGCAUGCCUGGCAUUUGCAGUUGCAGCAAUUGUAGAGAUAAAAAUCAAUGAAAUGACUCCACCCCAGCCAGGAUCCCAAGAGAUUUUCCUACAAGUCUUAAAUCUAGCAGAUGAUGAAGUAAAGGUGACAGUGUUGGAAAAUGACAACAAUGCUCUAUUGACAGAGUCCAUCAAGUCCUUUCAGAAAAUGCCACACUAUUCCAAACUCAACCUGAAGGCAAAAAGCCAGGAAUUCCACUUCUACCUCGACUAUCAUAAUCUGACUGUCAAUACCAACAGUUCUGUGGAAGAGAAGAAUUGGUAUAGUCUGAUCAUUCGAGAAGAUGGGAAAAAUAUUUCCAGCAUGAUGGUGAAAGAUGAAAACAAAACAACUAAUGGGAUGACAGCUGUGAGGUUUGUAAACACUUUGCAUGAAGAAGUCAACAUCUCCCUGGGUAGAAGUAUCUUCUUCAGUGUUGGUGAAGACUAUGGUGUGUCUGCUUACAGAACUGUGCAAAGUGGAGAUUACCGUUCAGUGCCUUGUAGGACAGAAGAUAAGAACUUUUCACUGAACUUGGGUCUACUAGACUUUGAUGUAUCAUAUGUGUUCAUUAUUAUUAAUAAAACCAAUCAGGGUCCUCAGGCCUGGAGAAUGGAAGACAUUCCACCCAAUAAAAUAUCCAUCGCAUGGCAGCUACCACAGUAUGCCCUGGUUACAGCUGCCGAGGUCAUGUUCUCUGUCACAGGACUUGAGUUUUCUUAUUCUCAGGCUCCUACUAGCAUGAAGUCUGUCCUCCAGGCAGCCUGGUUGUUGACAGUUGCAUUUGGGAACAUCAUUGUGCUUAUCGUGGCGCAGUUCAGUGGCCUGGUGCAGUGGGCUGAAUUCAUUUUGUUUUCCUGCCUCUUGCUGGUGGUCUGCCUGAUCUUCUCCAUCAUGGCCUACUACUAUGUUCCGACAAAGCCACAGGAUAUGCAGCGGCUAGCAGAGAAGCCGAUUCCACAUAUCCAAGGGAACAUGAUCAACCUGGAAACUAAGAACACAAAGCUCUAGUGUCUCUUUGGGCUCUCCCUGCAGUUCCUGGCUGUGGCCUUGGCCAACACCAUUCUUCAAGAGUCUUUUUUUCCUAUUGAUUAAGGUAGAGUAGUAGCAUCCUAUCUGAGCUCAUCCCUUUACUUUUCUCCCAUUAUAGAGGCAGUUUUAACAUUGAGUUUUCCAGGAUAUCAAAGAGCAAGCCUCCUGAGACUCUAUCAGUGAAGUUAGUAAACCUUGUGUAGCAUUGCUGGAGCUGGGCAGUGGUCUCUAGAUGGCCAUGAAAAGCACAAAGGUAAACAGGAUGUUAGUUUCGUAGAUUUUCAAAAUUAAUAUUGGAAUUUCUUUACCUGUCAUUUAGAACCAAUGACUCCAUUUUAUGAGGUGCUGAUAUAUGGGUAAAAUUGCAGAAUAACAGAAAAUUAAUAUUGCAAGUUUUUUCCUAAGCAAUAGAUUCAAAUUAGUCACAAGGACCUUGAAAACUGGUAUGUCUAGUAUAAUCUGAUCUAGAUACCAACUUGCCAAAUAUCCAAGUUUAAUAAGGCCCUAGUACAUUUUUCAGCACAUAUGAUAGGAGACAGAAUUUUAUUAACACAUAGGAGAAGAUAUAUGUUUUUCUGUUAGCUACAUUUUAACUACUAACCCAAAUGCUCCUUUCUUAGCAUGAUAGAUCUUUGGAAGCCAAGAUAAAGACACUAAACAUGGUCUAGAAAAACAACAGGUUUAAAUUGUGGAAAAUCUGAUUAGUCAUUCUACUGUGCACAUUCCUAUUAAGGAAUACAGUGUUUCAGCCCUGGCUAUGCCCUCCCAAACACACUUGCAUACACACUAAUUACAAUUUCCCAAUCCUGCCUUCUCAAUAUUGUUAGCCACUUUUAAAAAUUAUUACAUCAUGUCUCAUUCAACCAAUAUUUAAUAACAAUAUCUUUAUGAAUCCAGCUUCCUUUUUUUAUGUUACUCUUUUUAGUCCUGAAGUAGUGCCUCUAUUUUGAUAUUUUUUAAUCCCUGCUUUCCUUUUCCAAAUGACUUUACCAUGUCAUUUUUUCAUUUAGGCCUGAAAAUUCCUUGUUUGUUCAAAACUUUAUAUUAAUGCUCUAGUUUUGAGCUUCUAAAAUGUGGUGCUUAUUGGAGGGGCAGAAUUCCACAAGGAGCCUACAGGGGGUGAUACUGUAGCACAUGAGAAAAUAUUUGUUUCUUUGUUGGUGAAAGAUGUUGAGAAACUUCACCUUGUACAUAGUGAAUGAACAAUGGCCAGACCUGGGAAAAUCAUUACUUUCCAGUGUGUUAAUGGGGAAAAAGUUCACAGCCAUGGCUCAUGAUUUUGUUUCAAUAGUAUCAUCUAUGAGAUUCAUCCAUGUUGAAUCUCAAAUUGGUAAGCUAACAACUAAGGAAAGUUGUGCAUUUCCCAAGUGUAAUAUACUUUAGCUUAAGUGACUAUGGUUUGUUUAAAAAAUACAAAAGUAACAGCAACAGCAGUACUCUUGAAAAUCUGAGCAUACUCCUUCAGAAGAUAUUCUCUGCAUUUUUGAGCAGCUUAACUCACUAUGUUCUUAGGAAAUUUUCUUUCAAGAAAUGGUAACAGUGCUCUGUGAAUAGAAGUUUCUAUGGAUAAAUAAAUUUUGGGAAUGAGGCAUCUUAUAUUCUUUUCUUAAUACUUCAUGCUAAAGAUCCUGAGAAAUCCCUCAAUGAAGACAAUAGACACUUUCUUUAGCCCCACAUGGAUAGUGUUCUGAAAACCACUGGUUGGGAAAAACUGAA